CUUGCAAUAGAUAAGUAUGCAGAAUCUACCUUAAGAUCUAUCUUUCUUUGUUUCUUCUAGUUCUACAACAUAAAAAUAAAAUACCUUUUCAACAUCAAACAACAUUAAAAUAACAUUGCAUGCACUUUAGUUUAUAUUAUAGUACAAAACAAUCCACUUAACCAUGUUUUUAACUACAACUAAGUCUUAUAUUUCAUCACCUUUCAUCUCUUUCCGCAAAAUUUCUUCAUUUUCCAAACCCAAAUUGUGGAAUAUUGUACCGUCUUCUUCCACCGAACAUUUGUCUUUAGGUUUAUCCAUUUCAGCCAGAAACAUGUCUGUGUCUUGUACGUACUCAUCAAAAAAUGGAUCACACUCUCAUGGAUCAACAAUUCAGGGGGGUGAAGCAUUUUUCAGGGGUGUGUUGGAGAGUAUGCAGUCGGUGUACUUGAACAGAAAUCCUACAGCAAAGGCAAUAUUGGACCUUGUUCACUCUGUCGAGAACAACUCCUUAUGCUAUGAUCAUCUUGCAUUCAGGACAUUUGGGGUGAAUGGUUAUGGAAUUGACUCCAUGGCUGGGUUUUUUCUGGAUUAUGGCUAUACACAACGAGAGGAGCUGAGAUUUCCAGGGAAAAAAUUAAGGGCAUUGUGGUUCUCACCUCCUGCUGAUUCAUUUUCUGGCAGUGGCAGUGGCAUGAAUGGUCCCUUGCCAAGAAUUUUUAUAUCAGAGCUAUUGGUAGAUCAGAUGAGUCCACAGACUCAGGAAAUAAUUAGGAAAUACACUGAAUCAUCCGGUAAUGGAAAAAAGUAUGCAGCUCUUGCGAGUUCCUUGGGACAUUUAACAUGGGAAAAACCAUUAUAUUCAGAGUUUCAACAAUUGGCAAGAGAGAGUGAGUAUGCUGCGUGGACUCUAGUCAAUGGUCAUGCACUGAACCAUGUCACUAUUUCCACUCAUCGGCUGAAAACUCAUUUGAGGGAUAUAAAAAAGUUGAACAAGUUUCUUGAGGAGAAUGGGUUCAGAUUGAAUUCUGAAGGAGGAGUAUUGAAAGUGAGCCCUGAUGGCCUUCUCCAGCAAAGUUCAACUGUAGCCGAUUCAGUUUCUUUCCAAUUUUCUGAUGGUAUAACUGAAUCAGUUCCAUGCUCCUACAUUGAAUUUGCAGAGCGUUUCGUGCUGCCGCAGUAUGAAAAUUUACCUCACACAGAGAUUAAAGAGUUCCAUAGGAGGGAUGGUUUUGAGGUAGCAAGUGCUGAUAAGAUCUUUGAGAGCACAUCCAAGGAACAAGUGAGUAGAGUAGGCUCUUAGGAGGCUUGUCUCAGAGUGUGCCGUGAUCAUGUACAGAUACUACUUUUCCCUUUGGGGAAGAGAAAACAUUUUAGACCCAUAAUAUGUAUACUGCAUGAUUCAAUUGGGUUUAAUAAUUUAACAAAAAUAGUUACUUGUUCACCUAAAAAUCAAAUAAAUAAAGGUCGGGUAUGCUUUUCAUCAA